GAGGGCGUUCCUUCCUAGUUGGCUUUGGCUGGAGUGGGAAUCAGCUGUUAGCAGGCUAGCUAGUCGUCUCAAAUCUGAGCAUUAUACAUUUCUGUGUACGGUGAACGACCAUACCUAGAACAUUUGCUGAGACGAAGGGAUUCGGCAUAUUAUCUGACUGCAAUGCAUCGCAAGAAUAGCUAGAUCAAGUGGACCGGCAUAAAUAGCCAGUUAACUGACGCCUGGAUUAGCGUUAGCCGGGUGUAGGGCUAGCUAGCAAACUACGUCUGGUUUAUGAAGACCAGAUUCAUGUUUUUUAACGUGUCAGCUGUCUAGCAGCUUCAGCUAGGCUUUUUAAAACCGAGUAUAACGUGUUGCCAUUAACGGUUAAACCGGUGUCCUAGCGUUGCCAGCCUUUGGAUUAGUUUAGUGGUCAAGCCUGUAUCUGGCCGACGUAUCAAUGCGCUACUCGCCAUGCUUUUGCGCACACGCCCUGAAAAAGAUAGGGAUUCAACUGUUCCGUUUGAAUUGUGUGUUGUAGAUAUGAACCCCGAUAUGUGGCUGCUACUCAUGUAUUUAAAAUUGAAUGUGUCAUUUUGAGACCAGACAUCACUGACAGUGGUUCUGUCUGAUGUUAUAGACGAGUGGACGGUUCUUUCAGAUAUCUGGGGUGUAGUCAGUAGUAGGACUUUAGCAAAUUGUUCAAUCAUGGGGGCUACAGUGUCAUGCUGCAUGUCCCCCGGCGGGAGUCCAAAGCUUGCAAGGAGAGCAGUCGAGCUCGACGACUACCCAAUAACCACCACUGGCGACGACGUAAGCGAGGACACGGGCACCUAUCUGCAGCACAUCAGCGAUAGAGAGGUCCCGGAUGAAUUGGCGCAGGAGUCCAACCCAUCUGAUAAUGCCAGAGCCAGCACAAUCUUCCUCAACAAGUCUCAGACUGAUGUGCGGGAGAAAAGGAGAAGUAACUACUUAAGUAAUCAUCACACGUCUCCUGGGUUAUCUAAAAAGUACAGCUCCUGCUCCACAAUAUUCCUUGACGAUAGCACGGUCAGCCUGCCCAACCUGAAGAGUACGGUCAAAUGUGUCACGUUGGCGAUAUACUAUCACAUAAAAAACAGGUAUGUUCUAUCGGUCAUUCAUUUCAUGAGGAAAACGACGUAUGCCAUCGUCUUCCCCUGGUACGAAGAUGCCAUCGUCACCCUGGUACGCAUGCCAUCUACCACCCUGGUCCAUGCCAUCGCUCACCCUGGUCAGCAUGCCAUCGUCACCCUGGUCACGUAUGCCAUCGUCACCCUGGUACGUAUGCCAUCGUCACCCUGGUACGUAUGCCAUCGUCACCCUGGUACGUAUGCCAUCGUCACCCUGGUACGUAUGCCAUCGUCACCCUGGUACGUAUGCCAUCGUCACCCUGGUACGUAUGCCAUCGUCACCCUGGUGUACCUGGAGCGUCUGCUGACCUACGCUGAGAUGGACAUCUGUCCCUGCAACUGGAAGCGUAUCGUACUGGGAGCCAUCCUGCUGGCGUCCAAGGUGUGGGACGACCAGGCCGUGUGGAACGUAGACUACUGCCAGAUCCUCAAGGACAUCACCGUGGAGGACAUGAAUGAGAUGGAGAGGCACUUCCUGGAGCUGCUUCAGUUCAACAUCAACGUGCCGGCCAGCGUCUACGCAAAGUACUACUUUGACCUGCGCUCCCUGGCCGACGACAACAACCUCAACUUCCCCCUGGAGCCACUUGACAACCAGCGAGCCACUAAACUGGAGGCUAUCUCCAGACUGUGUGAGGACAGAUACAAGGAUCUGGGCAAGGUGACCAUAAGGAGGUCCCUCAGCGCAGACAAUCUGGUGGGUGUCCGAACCACCCACGCCGUGCUGUCCUAAAGCUGGACCUGCUACACACACAGGACAGGCUGAGGAUGCACCGACGGUCUUCCUAAACUAGACCCUCACUGGCACCAUGGACACACACCCCCACCCCCAGAUCUGUAUGGUGGCAGCUCCACCACUGAUACUUACUCAUACACUCCAGAUCUGCAAGAAGGGUUGGAGUGACUGACACCACACACUGACCAUGGUGACGAAGCCUCCAACUACCCUGUGGUGUAGUUUGGCACACGGACGGACAGAUGGUGACGUAGGACGGUUUUCUUUGCUUACUGUGUAGGCCCUUUAGCUGGGAAAUGUAUCGGUUUUUAAUUGAACAUAUUUUCAGUUGCUGUUUAUUUCAAAUAAACCGUAAUAAACUAUCAAA